AUGGAGGAGAAAAGGAAAGACGCCUACGUCGCAGAGCUAUCGAAGGGAGUAGCGAAUCGAUCGACGAUAGCCAGUCGGCCUGUGCUGCACAGGGCUGAGCUCACGUGUGACGAGCAGCCUCGAAGCCACAACAGCCAAGCCGCCUUUCUCCUCUUCCUCGUCGUUGAAAGCGAGCGCUUCGGCGACAACGCUGCAUCGGAAGCCGCCCGAAGAGGCCGAACAACCGGCCUUUCUCCCACCGAUACCACAAUCAUCAAUAUGCUUUCCCCUCUCAUUGAUAGCCUCUACCAAAGCCAACGCAAAUUCGCUUUGAUCCACAAAAACAUGAGUAGAGAUGGAGCCAUUCGAGGCCCUCUGUGUGUAUGCAGCAACCGACCUGUCAAAGCGCUUCUCCAGCUCGGAUAG